UGCUGACACUGGUCAAAAACGCAUGUAAACACGAUGUCGUGAUGGCUGUUCAACGGUUUUAUAAAUAUCACCGUUUAAUCCUGUGAUGUCCGGAUCUUGGUUCAAUCAAUGUAAUCAACUACCUGGAUAAGAACCUACUCGACUGGUUUAUUUCGACAUGGCCGUUAUCAGCAAGCUCCUGCCGGUGGCAGCCGCCUUGUUGGGCUCCGUGAAUCACACGGCCGCUAUGGCUGUGCGUUCAUCUGCGGACAGAUGGGACGUAUCCUAUCGUGUCCAGAUUGGCACUCGGCUUGCUCCAGUAUUUGGUAGCUCGGGAUUGGCUAGCAAUGUUACUGCCACACAUGUACACAAGCGAGAGGAGGAUCAUGGCCCUGACUGUGAUUGCGAACUCCACGUUGUAUAUGUGACCCCAGAUAGUGACCAGGGGCGCUACCAGGGCGGCGAAGGAUCUUCGGACCCGUCUGGCAAAUGGGAGAACGCUGAGAACCGGAAUGGCGAACACCGGGAGGAAGGGAAACACUGGGAGAAUGGCGACAACCGGAAGAAUGGUGAAUAUCGCCAGGACGGUGAAUACCAACAGGACAGUGAGGGCGAACACUACCAACAAGAUGGUGAAUACCAACAGGGCAGUGAGGGUGAACAAUACCAACAGGAUGGUGAAUACCAACAGGGCAGUGAGGGUGGACAAUACCAACAGGACGGUGAAUACCAAGAGGAUGGUCAACUCCGUGAGGGUAACCGCUACCAGCAGGGUGGUGAUUACCAAGAGGAUGGUCAAUCCCGUGGGGGUAACCGAUACCAACAGGGUGGUGAAUACCAAGAGGAUGGUCAACUCCGUGAUGGUGAUCGAUACCAACAAGAUGGUGAAUACCAACAGGACGGUGAUUACCAACAAGAUGGCGAAUACCAGCAAGAUGGUGAAUACCAACAGGAUGGUGAGGGUGAACAAUACCAACAAGAUGGUCAAUACGAAGAGGAUGGUCAACUCCGUGAUGGUGAUCGAUACCAACAGGAUGGCGAAUACCAACAGGAUGGUCAACUCCGCGACGGUGGUCGGUACCGACAGGAUGGUGAACAUCAAGAAUAUGGUCAACUCCCUGAGGGUGGUCGAUACCAGCAGGAUGGCAAAUCCCGUGAGAGUGGUGAAUACCGGGAUGGUGAAUACCAAGAGGAUGGUCAAUUCCGCGGUGGAUACCAAGAGGAUGGUGAAUCCCUUGAGGGUGGUGAAUACCAAGAAGAUGGUGAAUAUCUAGAAGACGGUAAAUCCCUUGCGAGCAGUCAAAACCGCGAGAGCGGUCAACACCGGGCGCAUGGUCAACACGGUCAGAAUGGUCAACAUGGUCAGAGUGGUCAAGACGGUCAGAGUGGUCAAGACUGGGCGAAUGGUAACCUCAGUGAGAAUGGACAACUCCUCAAUGAGGAUGGAGAACUCAGUGAGGAUGAACUUCUCAGGCUUCUUAAUGAUGGAGAACUCAGUGAGGGUGAACUUAUCAGGCUUCUCAAUGAUGGAGAACUCAGUGAGGAUGAACUUCUCAGGGUUCUCAAUAGAGCUGGACUUCUCGAUGAGAAUGGACAACUCAUUGUAAAUUCAGAGGGCGCAGACCUACUCGAGAAAUGGCCAUGGGGGCAGACGACCCCUAAUCAAAAUGCGCAAGGCCCUCAAGGCCCUCAAGGCCCCGAAGGUCCUCAAGGCCCCCGAGGCAGCCAAGGUGUCAAAGGUGAUACUGGCUCUCAGGGUCCUAAGGGAGACCAAGGAGCUCAGGGUGCCCAAGGUGUUAAGGGAGAUCAGGGUGACCAAGGUGUCCAAGGUAACACUGGCGCUCAGGGUCCUCAGGGUCUUCAAGGUUUUCAAGGUCCUAUCGGUCCUAUCGGUCCUCAGGGUUUUCAAGGAAACCCGGGCCCCCAAGGUCUUCAAGGUGAUCCAGGUGCUCAGGGUGAUGUUGGUCCUCAGGGUGAUCCAGGCCCUCAGGGUGAUGUAGGUCCUAUUGGUCCCCUCGGUCCUCAGGGUGACCCAGGUGCUACCGGUCCUCAGGGUGAUGGUAUCCAAGGUCCUCAGGGUGAUGUAGGUGCUACUGGUGCUAUCGGUCCUCAAGGUCCUAUAGGUCCUCAGGGUAUCCAAGGUAUUCAAGGUGUUCCAGGAGCAGCUUUCGCGGAGUAUGACUACACCGGCUGCUAUCAGGCCGGCCUCCUCGCCGGCCAAGCUUUUGGGCUAGAUAACACAGGUGCGAACAUUGUUUACAGUAAGAUCGAAACAGCAUCUAUCGACGACUGCGCCGCCUACUGCGCUACGGUCAGAGCUCCUGGCCCUCCAACUCUGUUCAUGACACUCUCAACAGAUGUUGACGGCAACUCCAUUUGCGCAUGUGGCGAUGUCCUCGCCAGCUCAGACGUAACCAACGGAUGCAAUUCGGCAUGUACAUUCCCACAGAAUGGCCUCGUAGCCUAUUGUGGUGGUCCGUUCAGCGCGCUGCCGAUUGUGUCUGUCUUUGGCGCCAUCUAAGUUCACGGCUGGGUAACCAAUCGAUAUUCAUUUUGCCUCAAAAUAGGAGUUUAACAUUAGAAUGAAUAUUGUUCAGACUUGAUUCCAAGUGUAUAUUAAUACCUCAGAGCUAUUACAGCUGCAAUUCUUGACCCUCUUCUCUUGGUUACAAAUAUAACCUCCAUAUUAAU